AUGCUGGUGAUAUUAGCUUGUUUUAUAUCAAUGUUCAGUAUGGGCGAUGCGGCUCGAAUUUUGGCGGUAUACCCUAUUCCAUCCGUUAGUCAUAAUCUUGUAUUCCGAAGAGUAACACAAUUGAUUAAUCGAGGUCAUCUUGUCACCGUUAUAACAACAGACCCGGCCUUCCCUAAGGAUCGCUCUCCUGUCAAUCUGACAGAAAUUGACGUGCACCAUACAUCAUAUUCCAAGUUCAAAAAACUCUUCAAGGUCACCGAGAAUAAAACUAAUAGAAUCGACGAAGUUAAAACACGUACUGGCUGGUGA